AUGGACCUGUUCUCCGAAGCUAGUGUGCCCGCCGUGGCAAUGGCGUCGGCCCUUUCUGUCGCCGCAGGAGCGUACCUCAAUGCAAAGCUGUCUAUUUCCACUGACCUGUCUGCCCAUUUCAAUGACAAGGCUUUUGGCAAGCGACUUGGCGAGCGCAUUGGCCAGCUAGGCGCUUCGGCUACCAUUUAUAAGAUGCUCGAGAGGGUGGUUGACGUUGAGGGACAGGGAGGGGCAGAUGCCCUUUGGUUUGAGCACAAAACCUGGUCCUACACCGAAUUGAAAGACUUGGUUGACCGGUUUGCUGCGGCUUUGCACGAACGGGAAGUCAAGGCCGGCGAUUUCAUCGGUGUUUUCACAACCAAUUCUCCUGAAAUGGUGGUGGCUCUGUAUGCGCUAUCAAAACUGGGCGCCGUGGCCGCUAUGAUCAACACAAACUUGCGAGACGACACCUUCGUGCAUUGUCUAAAUGUCUCUGGUUCCAAGUCAAUUAUUUCAACACCUGAUCUGGCGCAAUACGUCUGCGUGGAUCUACCGCAUGUCUCAUUCAAUCUCUCCUCCUUCGAGGGUAUCUCCACUGGCCCUGUGGACCUCAUCACAGCAACAGAUCUCCAGAGCUUCUCUCCGUCGGGAUUGCAGGCGGCCAAGCGCACGCUCAAGGACUUGACAGCACUCAUCUAUACUUCAGGUACAACAGGAAAGCCCAAAGCCUGCGCAGUACGAAACAUGCUGGCAGUAGUCACCUCCACAACCCUGUCAAUCGACGCCAAUAACAGAUCCAAGUACAUGCCCUUGCGCACAUAUUCAUCCCUGCCUCUUUUCCACGGCACAGCAUUUUUCACCGGAGUUUGUUACUCAGUAGGAAACGCCGGAACACUCUGUCUUCGUCGCAAGUUCUCUGCCUCACAAUUCUGGAAAGACGUGCAAGAUUCCGGUACAACACGCAUUCUAUACAUUGGUGAACUCUGUCGUUACCUUCUCUCUACCCCCCCUUCGCCUUAUGAUGCCAAGCACAACUGUAUCGUUGCCUCGGGUAAUGGACUCCGUGGCGAGAUCUGGGAGCGAUUCAAGUCGCGAUUCAACGUUCCUGAGAUCCGCGAAUUCUACCGCUCCACCGAGGGAGUUGCCAAGUUUGAUAAUCACGGAGAGGGCGUCUGGGGUGCCGGAAAGGUGGGCUUCUCAGGCCCUAUUCGCCGGUCUUUGGAGGAUGACAACUUCAUUGUCAAGUAUGAUACCGAUACCGAGAUGCCGUGGCGGGACCCUAAGACUGGAUUCUGUGUUCGCGCGAAUCUGGACGAGGAAGGCGAGGCAAUUGGACGUGUGCGUGAUCGUGGCCUUUUGAUCGAGUAUUUGGGCAAUGAGGAGGCGACCGAGAGCAAGUUGCUCCGUGAUGUCUUCCAGAAGGGUGACCUGUUCCAGCGCACUGGUGAUCUUGUUGUUCAGGAUCGGUCUGGUUGGAUCAGAUUCCAAGAUCGUGUUGGUGAUACCUUCCGCUGGAAGGGCGAGAACGUCAGUGCGGGUGAGAUCCGUGAUCACAUCUGUCGCAUUGAAGGCGUGCACGAUGCCGUGGUCUAUGGUGUCAAACUUACCGGAUAUGAUGGCCAAGCUGGUGCUGCUGGAAUCACGCUGGAGGACCACUCACCCGCUUUCCAAGAUGGCUUCGCGGCCAAGCUUUACCCAGAGUUGAAGAAGAAGGGUGUGCCCUCCUAUGCCUUCCCUCGACUAGUCCGCUUUAUUGAAAAGGUCGCGACUGGUGUCACAUUCAAGCAAGCCAAGGGUGAUUUGACAAAGAAGGGCUGGGAUCCCCGCAAAGACUCAGCAGACAGCCUGUACUGGUUGAAUGGAACCAAGUACGAGAAGCUCAAUGAUUCAGGCUGGUCUGAGAUUGAGACAGGCAGGGCUAAACUGUGA